UUUGUACAUUGUACACAUUAGUCCACGUGUUUUGCUACUGUCGUUUUGAUUUGGAUUGUAUCUCUUUUAUUUGAAAAAGAACAUGUCGGCGGUCGUCCACGUUCUUAUACCCUUCCUGCUUUGCAUUGCGCUUGCAAACACUCACAUUUUCGACAAAGUUUUAGUGGAUGUCGCUUAUGAUCACUAUGCGGAAAAGAAAGUCGACAACCUUCCUGCCUUCUUGGCCAUGCCGUUUAACUGUCUGAUAAACUUGGGAUACAUAUUAUUAGGUAUCUACUGGAUCUUGCAGCCGAUGUCAUACAAUAAAGACACCCGUGCAGCCGCCUACACCAAAGACGUGUUUGCGCUAAUGGAAGUCGCGUAUGGACCGGUGCAGUGGGUCCGCUUGGCCACCUUGCGGCGAGCGCCCUCUGUUUUGGACCAGUGGUUCACUUUACCUAUUUUUGCGUGGGUGCUGGUGUGGUGUCAUGUCAUUGACCAAGGCUGGUCGUCCCGUUACGCCUUAAUGGUCGAAUCGUGCUCUGUCCUCAGCUAUGGACUGGCGCUCUUUCACGACCGGGGGUUUGAAGUUGCUCUGGGUUGUCACAUCGCCUUCGCCGUGUUCAAAGGCGUCCGAGCACAGUUGAGCCACGGAGAUACGGCGUCCAUGCGCUACUUUUGCUUGGCCGUGCUGUCCUGCGCUGGUUUUGUGGUUCUGAAGCUUCUGGAUCAUUUUCUUGCAGAGUACUGGAUGUUUCAAAAUCUUACUGGACAUUUCUGGUCCAAAGUUUGCGACAUUCUGCAGUUUCAUUACAGUUUUUGUUUUCUCACCCGCCUUAGUGAAAAUGCACGCAAACGCUCUUUAUAAAUACCCAUACAUAACAUUUAAUGUCGUACUUACAUUUAAUAGGUUAUAUUUCAUGUGUAUUGUGAACACAAUGCAACUGAA